UUUAAUAAUACAAAUACAACACAAAAGAGAAUUGCCAAAAACAGCUGUUGUUGGCAAAAAAUUAUUUUGAAAGCAAAAAUUGAAAUGUCAUCCACUGCAGCAGAAGAAAUUGAAUUAUUAGAACGUGUGCUUUUACGUUUGGGUUGUGCGGAUACCGAUGAGAAAUUGGAAUCAUGUGUGGGACGUUUUCUAACGCCGGUUAUACUAAAGAUUACCUCGCCACAUGAUAAUGUGAGAAAUAAGGUUGUGGAGGUCUUGACACACAUUAAGCGUCGCUUAACCUCUAGACCGUUAGUGCAGAUACCCGUAGAGGCUUUGAUAGAUCAAUAUAAAAAUUCAGCUGAUUCACCAUUUUUACAAAAUUUUGCCAUUAUUUUCAUAACCAUGGGCUAUCCACGGCUGAAUUUGGAACAACGCAGCAAUUUGGCGGCUAAAGUUGUUAGCUGUGAGGAAAAAUUGGAAAAUUAUCAGGAUAAAUUGUUUAUGUUGAUUUUACCCGAUUUAAAUGACCUCAAAUUACCCGAUGAUCCGGCUCAACGUAAAAAUGUUUUAAAUUUGCAUGACAAACCGGAAAUAAAGAAGAAUUUUUUGUCUUUGCUGCAAGAUGUUUUAUUACUGCCCUAUGGUGUUACUCAAGAGCAAGAAGUUCCACCCGGUAUGAGUCCGUAUUCCUUUAAAAGGGUUAUUGUUAAUAACUGGAAGGCAGAGGAUUUGGAAAAUAUCAAAAAGGGCAUAGUGCGUCUAAUAUGUUCGGGUAUUUUUACUGAUACUGAAAUCUUUCUUUUAUUGGUAUUGGCCUCCUCUGAUACUCGCUUUAGCGUAGCUACGCCAGCCAUAGCAGAAUUGAGUAAAGUUUGCACUAUAUUGGAGUUUAAUGAUCCCUUGGUGACCAUGCCUUUAUAUAGUUUGUUCUCGGGCAACAACUCCCAAGUGGCCGAGCGUAAAACCACUCCCUGUUGUUCUCGUGUUAGACAAAAACUAUUGUUAUAUCUCCUUAAAUGUCGUGGCAAAGGGAUUAGUGUACCUAAGGGCAUACAAGUGGUAUUUGAGGGUCUAUUUGGCACCAAUACCAGUCAGAAGUGUAAGGUCUUGUCUCUACAAUUUGCCGAGGUUUUGAUAAAAGAGGGACCCUCUGACAUUAUAACCAAAGUUUCUAAAGUCUUAUUAACCGGUUUCACUAAGCUGGUGGGCAAGGAAUCAAGUGAGCCCAACGAUGUACAGAAUGCAGCCUAUUCUGCUUUAGCACAACUCUCACGCACUUGUCCCUCGGCCGUUAAUCAGGAUUUGAAGAUAGUGUUAUCCUAUUUUAAUCAUUUAACUAAUUCCACUCCUGAACUACAUUCCUCCAUAAGAGAGGCUUUGGUAGCCAUGGCUCCUGCUUUUGCCUGGAAAGCUAAAGAUGAUGACAACACCUCUUCGGAAGAAGUACAAUUGUCCGGUCAACAACACUUGCUAUUGGCUAUGUUGUCCGAUAAUGCCGAGUCUAAACUGCAUAUUGUACAAAAUGUCACCAGUAUCUUUCUCACCACUUGUUAUCCUGAGUAUUAUGCUCCCGCUAGAUAUUUAUUAUUACUUAUAGCUGGAGAACGCAAUUCAUUGCGUGAAAAUGUUACUUCUUAUUUGUAUGGUGUUUCUAAAAAGGAUCAUAUUAAUUACAAUAUGUUGUCUUCGAUAGAGUUUCCUUUGGAUAAGGACAAAGAUGAUUUUAAUAAAUUAACUUCGGAACAACGUCAUGUUAUUUUGCCUAGUUUUAAGUCUAUGAUGCGUCAUGUUAAUGAGACUUCACAGAAGCGACUAAAGAAAAAUCUAACGGUGUUGGUGGGACGCACCAAACUGCCUUUCUCUUUGGAGGUUUAUGAAGAGAUUUUGGACUACUUACGCAUUUGCUUUUGGUAUUCCGCUGGUGCUCGUUGUGCUCCUGGUGAUGCUCAUUAUAUGCAAAAAAUUAAAAACUACAUACAAUGUAAUUAUGAAGAAUCCGAAAAUAAUGAAUUACAUCAAUAUUUAUUAUUCAUACAAAGAGGCGUAGAAGCCAAAAGAAAUGAAUCAAAUUUAUUAUGUUUAUAUGAUCUUCUCAAUGCCACUCCCGAGCUGUUGUGUAAAUCUCAAAUACAUUUGUUAGAACCAUUGAGCAAUUCACUCAAAGAUGUUUCUGAAGUUAUGCGUAUUAAUGUCUCACAAAUUGUAGGCAUUUUAUGGGCCUAUGGUAGUGAUGAAAAAGAAUUUGAGGCACAGAUCACCGACUGUUUGAAAUCAUUACCUCAAAAAAGUCUUGAACAUAAACACGGCUGGCUAUUGGUAUUGGGUCAUGCCUUUAGUCGUUAUAUACGUCAUGUCAAAGCUAAUAAUCAACAAAAAGAUUUUCAAAAUUGGUCACAAUUUGUGGAUGCUAUUAAAGUUAUAGCUGAAAUUUUGGUUAAAGGUCCUCAAGAUUUGUUAAUAUCGGCUGCUGUAAAAUGUAUCUCCAUGAUAGGCAAAUAUACUGAAAUACCAAAUGUACAAUUGGAGAUCACUUUUCAAAAAGCUGAUGCUGACGACGAAGAUGAAGAAAUGACUGAGUAUACUGCCACCGGUUCCACAAAAUUCUUUAUUUUCACUGUUGUUCAUCGCCUGCUGCUAAGAUCUUCGGUACGCCCUAAAAUUCGUGGUGAGGCGGCCAAUUGUUUAGGCAAUUUAGCCAUUGGUGAUGGUGAUUACUUUACCCAACGUAAUCUUGAUAAAUUCCUUGCCAUGGUUAAGGUACAAAAGGAUGCUGCUCUUAACAUUUCUAUAUCCGAUGCUAUUGCCUCUACUUUGUGUGGUUAUGAUGUGGGUGAGGGCGCACCGACUGAAGAUUUUGUUAAUAUUCAUUGCACAGAUGAGGCUUUUGAAAAGUUUUUGAAUGCUUUAAUACGUCUGGUGCCUGAACCAAAUCCACAUUCACGUCAAGCAUGUUCGGUUUGGUUACUGGCUGUGGUUAAACAUUGUAGUUAUCGUCCGGCUGUAUUGAGUCAAAAGCAAAUGUUACAGUAUGCUUUUACGGAAUUGUUGUCAGAUGAUAGUGAAUUUGUACAAGAUGUUGCUUCACGUGGUUUAGGUUUGGUUUACAAUCUCUCAGAUCCUAGCAGUCAAAAUGAUUUGGCUAAUUCUUUACUGGAUCAGCUUAUGGGAGGCAAACGUAAGGUAAAUAAAGUUAAUCAGGACACUGAACUAUUUGCUGAAGGCAUGUUGGGCAAAACACCCACUGGAGGCAACAUUACCACCUACAAAGAGUUGUGCUCUCUGGCCUCCGAUCUCAAUCAACCCGAAAUGAUUUAUCAAUUUAUGCAACUGGCUAAUCAUAAUGCUGCUUGGACUAGCAAACUAGGAGCCGCCUUCGGUCUCAAGUCUCUUUCCAGCGAAACAAAAUCUAAAAUGGAACCUUAUUUUGGUAAAAUUGUACCACGUCUCUAUCGUUAUAAAUACGAUCCCACACCAAAAAUACAAAAUUCCAUGAUUUCCAUAUGGGAUUCAAUAGUCAGUGAACCUAAAGAGGUGGUAGAAAAGUAUUAUUGGGAAAUUUUAAGAGAAAUCUUAGAUAAUUUGACGUUUAAUGAAUGGCGUGUACGUAUAGCAUGUUGUUUGGCAGUAAGAGAUCUGUUACGACGUCCCAAUGGUUUAAGAUUGCGUACGGAUGAGAAGAGACAAGUUAGUGGUGAUAAGGAAAGUCCAGUGGCAUCACCUUCAAAAAGUAAAAUGGAAGUUGAUGGUGAAGUACCAGAACCUGAACUCAAAGAAUUAUGGUCUCAACUUUUCCGUGUAAUGGAUGAUAUACAUGAGGGUACUCGUUUGGCAGCUCAGGGAUCAGCGAUGUUUUUAAGCAAGCUUUGUGUUAUUGCCGCCUCUUCGGAUCACGGCAAGUCUGGCACUGCGGUUGCCUCUUCCAUUUUACCUUUCCUGCUAGAAACUGGUGUCACCCAUACGGUCGAUGAUAUACGCAAAAUUAGUAUUAAAACAAUUUCGGAAAUGAUUGAUUCUUCGGGUGCUUUAAUAGCUCCUCAUCUUCCCUCUCUUAUACCCUGUUUGCUCAAGGCCACUGGUGAAUUAGAGUCAACUAAAUUAUCUUAUCUUUCCACACGUUUAGGGGCUGAUCAUGAUGCCCAAGAGAAGGUGGAUUCUAUAAGAGCUGAGGCUGCCAAAAGUCAUCAUACCACAGAGACAACAGCUAAGUGUGUUCGCUUUGUGGACUAUCCAGCCUUGGAGAAAAUGACUCCUGCGAUCUUGGAUCUUAUUAAAACCAGUGUCAAUUUGGGCACCAAAAUUGCCUGUGCUCAUUUUAUUUGCUUGAUUAGCAUACGUGUGGGCAGUGAAAUGACUCCUUUGGUGGGUAAAUAUCUGGGUGCUUGUUUUGUGGGUCUAAAAGAUCGCAAUGCCACCGUGCGCAAAUACUAUGCCAGUGCUAUAGGUCAUUUAAUUGGCAUAGCAAAGGAACAAUCUAUACGUAAUCUUUUCGUCAAACUCGAUGAAUUGUAUAUGGAAAAUCCUGCCAAUCGUUCGGCUGUACUGGUCAUACAAUCCAUCAAUAAACGUCACAAUGAAUUACUCAAAGAUUAUUUGGAUAGUGUUUUACCCCUGAUCUUUUUUGCCAUGCAUGAAGAACCCAAUGAUGAAAAUAAAACCACCAUUGAAUUGUGGCGUGAUUUAUGGAAUGAAAUUAGUCCUGGAGAUGCUGGAAUACGCAUGAAUCUUAAUGUUAUAGUGCCAAAAUUGGAGAAAUCUCUCCAUGAUGCCAGCUGGUCCCGUAAGGCCCAGGCUGCUAAUGCUAUACAAACUAUAGCUAAACGUUUGAAAUCUACUAUGGAAGAAGCGGAUCGUUUGCGUUUGAUUAGUUUGCUUAUAACUGGUUUACAGGGCCGCACUUUUCAGGGUAAAGAACGUUUGUUGCAAGCCUUAGCUGCCUUAUGCAAAGGAUUAGAUCAUAAACAUGAAAUCUGUGACAAGAUUAUUGAGUCAGCCAUGAAAGAGUGUCGCAAAGAGGAGCCGCAGUAUCGCACCUUGGCGCUAGCUAGUUUGGGUGAUAUUUUGGAGGAACUGGAACAGGAUCGUUUUGAAGAGGUAAGUGGAUAAAACUUUAUGGACACUAGACUAUA